ACACACACACACACACACACACACACACACACACAGAGCGAGAGCGAUGGUGUUGUUGAGAAGGGUGAACAUGGCAGCGAUGCUGCUGGUGGUGAUGGUUGCGGUGGCUGCGUUUGCAGGAGAGGCUGCAGCGCAGUGUACAGCACACGACGAGUGUGCCGAGGACGAAUACUGUGAUGCGCUUGGCGGCUGCUUCCCGUGCACGACGUGCGUCGUGUACCACGACUCCAUCACAGGCGCGUGCCCCGUAUGCAGCGGCGGCCCAGCCGCUGGCAUCUCCUGCACCACACACGAGCAGUGCUUUACUGGCCGCCAAUACUGCGAUAGCACGGGCGGCUGCUUCGCGUGCCAGGGUUGCCUGAUCUUGGAUGAUGGCGUGGACAACACCUGCCCCGACUGGUGUACCCCAGACUCGACAACCACGUCCACAACCAACCCACGUGUCAUCCUCGGCUCCUCCACGGGCCCAGCGUACUCCGGAUCUGGCAGCAGCUCGCAUGGAACGGAGAUUGCCGUUGGUGUGGUCGGCUGUGUCGUUGUGGUUGUGGCUGUGGUGGUUGCUGGGUGGUACGUGCGCCGCAUGAAGCGCAGCGAAGAGAAGAACUUUGUGGACAUGACGCGUGCGCUGGCUGCCAAGGAGCAGGCGCGUGGGUCCAUCCUCGCCCUCUCUGUCCGCCGCGAUCAGCAACGGCAGUCGCAGCUCAGCAUUCUCGCUCAGCAGCAGCAAUCACAAAACCAACGCCGACACUCACAGGGCAUGGAGCUGGAUGAGCACGGCGAGUACAUUGACGUGGAAGGCCUCCACCGCAGCCACACCGCUCGUGCGCCCGCACCCAUGGACCAGCAGCUGUACGACGACGAGUUUCUGGAGUUGGCGCGCGAAAUUGGCGUGGCCACAGACGCGUGAAGAAGAAGUGGGGGAAGCGAGGGGAGAGAAGGGGAGAGAAAGAGAAGGUGGUUCGUGUGGUCGUGAUUGUGUGUGUGUACGUUUGUGUAUGUGUGCGUGUUUGGAGGAUGAAGGAAGAGGAGAAGGGAAUUGUAUGAGGAGGAGGGAAAGGGCACAGAACGGAAGGAGGGUGGUCGAAGUGGAGAAGAGAGAUGGAGGUGUUGGAAGGAGAAAAGAGAUACGUGCAUGCGUUGAUUCAUGUGUCGCUCCGGCACUCCAUCAAACACACACACACACUCUCUCUCGUCCUUGAACGGAUGCACACGUGGUCGCGUUGUUAUCUGUUCCCUUGUGCGUGUGUGCGAGCGUGCGCUACUCCCUGUUCUUUGCCCUCAAGGUCUUAUUGUGAGCAAUCUGUGUGGUAUUGCCGUCGUUUCGGGUUCGCACACAUGUAAAUAUGAUGAAGAUGAUGACAG